AUGGGGUCUGUCAAAGAGCUUCUCAAGAACUCACUGAAUGAUCUGAGAAAAGAGCAACUCAAAGAGUUUCAGUGGCACCUGAAGAAUGAUUAUAAGGUUCCAGUGUCUCAUUUGGAGAAAGCAGAUGUCUUAGACACAGUAGACAGGAUGGUGCAGAGUUAUGAACCAGAAGACGCCGUGAAGAUCACACGGAAGAUCCUGAUGAAGAUAAACCAGAACCAGCUGGCUAAAGAUCUGAAAGAAGGUGCAGCUGCAGUUUACAGAAAAGCUGUUUAUGAUGAUUGUGAGUUCAGCAACAGACUGAAGAAAGACUUAAAACAGAAAUACGAGAGAAUAUUGGAAGGUAACUCAGAGAAAUCCCUUCAGAACACAUACCUGAACAACAUCUACACUGACCUCUACAUAGUGAAGAAUCAGACAGGUGGAGUAGAGAAUGAACAUGAAGUGAGACAGAUUGAAUUAAACCAAAGCACUGCUGCUGAGGACGCUUCAGUCAAGUGUAAUGACAUAUUUAAAGUCCAGCGUGAUACAGGUGAACAAAACAGAAAAGUGCUGACGCUGGGCAUCGCAGGUGUGGGGAAAACUGUCUCUGUCAGUAAAUUCAUCCUUGACUGGGCUGAAGGAAAAGAAAAUCAGGAAAUCAUCUUUAUUUUUCCUCUGUCCUUCCGUGAACUGAAUCUGAUUCAAGAGGAAUACAGUCUAAUGGAACUGAUUCAUGAAUACUUCAGUUGUACUAAACAACUGUCAUUACUGCCUAAAGAAGAAGAUAAAGUGAUGUUCAUCUUUGAUGGUCUGGACGAGUGUCGUUUUCCUUUGAGCUUUGAGAAGAGCAAGAGAUUCACAGAUGUUCAUAAAAAAACAACCGUGGACGUCAUAAUAACAAACCUGAUCGAGAGAAAUCUUCUUCCGUCCGCUCUCAUCUGGAUCACCUCCAGACCAGCAGCAGCCCAUCUGAUACCUCGACGCCACAUUGAUCAGGUGACAGAGAUCAGAGGAUUCAACGAUGAGCAGAAGAAAGUCUACUUCACCAGAAACAGCAAACCUGACAUGUCAGAGAGAAUCAUCUCACACAUCAAGAGAUCCAGAAGUCUGCACAUCAUGUGUCAUAUUCCCGUCUUCUGCUGGAUCUGUCUCUGUGUUCUCCAGCCUCUGAUGACUCAAGAGAAUCUGCAAAGUAUUCCUACAACUCUCACAGGGAUGUACAUCUACUUCUUACUCAAUCAGAUGAAACAGAUGAAAGCAAAAAAACAAAGUGCCAGUCUUGCUCAGUCUUUUGAAGAUGUUGUUCUGAAGCUCGGGGAACUGGCCUUCACACAGCUUCAGAAAGGAAAUCUGAUUUUCUAUAAAGAAGAUCUUAAGGAAUGUGGGCUGGAAGUCGAUGAUGGUGUAGUUUUCUCUGGGUUAUGCACUCAGAUGUUUCAGGCAGAAAAGCCAGUUUCUGGGAGAAAGGUGUACAGUUUUGUACAUCUCAGUGUUCAGGAAUUCCUCGCUGCUCUCUAUGUGCUUCUCAUUUACAAAAAUACAAAAACAAACCCAUUCCUGCUUAGCUGGACAGAAAAACUGAAAGGGAUAUUCAUGAAAAAAUCACUGUUUAAUCUCCAUAAGUGCGCAGUGAACAGUGCUCUUCAGAGCAAGAACGGACACCUGGACCUUCUCCUGCUGUUCCUCAUGGGUCUCUCUCUGGAGUCAAAUCAGAAUGAGCUGAAAGAACUUAUGCCCUCACUGAACAUCACAGCAGAAGACAUGAAACACACGGCUGAUUACAUCAAAAUGAAAAUUCAUCAUGAUGUUUCUUCAGAGAAGAGCACAAAUCUCUUCCACUGUCUGAAUGAACUGAAGGAUGAUUCACUGAUCACAGAGAUCCAGAAGUAUCUGAAUUCAGAUGGUCUUUCAGCACAAGAUCUCUCUCCUGUUCAGUGGUCUGCUCUGGUGUUUGUGCUGAUGAUGUCUGAAGAGACUCGAGAGAUGUUUGAGAUGCAGAAAUAUAGAAGAUCUGAUGAAGCUGUGAUUCGACUUCUGCCAGUGAUCAGAAACACCAGAAGAGCUCUUCUACAGAACUGUAAUCUGACUGAUGAGUGUUGUGAAAGUUUGUCUUCAUGUCUACAAUCAUCGACGUCUCUGAGAGAACUGGACCUGAGUAACAAUGACCUGAAGGAUUCAGGAGUGAGGCUGAUCUCAGACGCUCUCAAGACUCACAACUGUCAACUACACACCCUGAGGUUAUCAGGUUGUAUGGUGACAGAUGAAGGUUGUUGUUAUUUGGCUUCAGCUCUGAGUUCAAACCCGUCACACCUGAGAGAGCUGGAUCUGAGCUACAAUCACCCACAACACUCAGCACUUCAGCUGCUCUCUGAUAAACUCAAGGAUCCAAACUACACACUCAACAAACUCAAUGUGGAUCAUGGAGGAGAGUUCAGAGUUACAGCAGGAUUACACAAGUAUAACUGUGAUCUUACACUGGAUCUUAACACAACAAACACUCGUCUCAAACUGUCUGAAGAGAACAGAAGGAUCACGCAUGUGGAUGAGGAUCAGUCGUAUCCUGGUCAUCCAGACAGAUUUGAAGGUGUUCCUCAGGUGUUGUGUAGAGAGAGUCUGACUGGACGCUGUUACUGGGAGGUUGAAUGGAGUGGAUCAGAUGUUCUUAUGUCUGUGUCAUAUAAAAGCAUCAGCAGAAAAGCAUCGAGUGAAGACAGUAUGUUUGGGUACAAUGCCAAAUCCUGGAGUCUGCACUGCUCGCAUAACAGAAUCACUGCAUGGCACAAUAAUAAUAAAACAGUCAUCUGUGUGUCUUCACCUCUCUUUAAUAGAGUAGGUGUGUAUGUGGACCAGCCGGCCGGCUCUCUGUCCUUCUACAGUGUCUCUGACACACAAACACUCACACUUUUACACACAUACUACACAACAUUCACUGAGCCUCCCUGUGCUGGAUUUACAGUUUUUAGAAACUCUUUAAUUAAUCUGUGUAACACACACAGACACAAACGCACACACACACACAAAGACACACACACUCACACAAUGGCAGUCCACACAACAUUCACUGAAACUCUCUGUGCUGGAUUUACAGUUCUUUGUAACUCUUUAAUUAAUCUGUGUAACACACACAGACACAAACGCACA